GCCUCUUUUCUGAGUCGAUCUUAACUUUGAAAUUAGCAGAAGUCUGAGUCGUUCCGUCUCCUCGUCCCCCGCUUUCUGAUUUAUUUUGUUCACUGUCUGUCUCCCCGAUAUGGAGAGGAUAACCACGGUGCUGGUGCUUCUGAUCAUGAGGAAAGGAACUGGGACUUCUUCUGGGGAAGUGACUUUUGAAAACCCAGAUCCUUGUGCGUUGAAGGGAUCGUCGGUGGAGUUCAAGUGCUCAUACAGAUACAAUGAGGGGGAAACUGUUCGAAAGACUCUAUGGUACAAAGGAGACUUUUUGGGGGACAUCUGGACACGUACCAAGCUGUCAGAUCUUCCUUCAUAUGAAAAUCGCACUGAAUAUCUUGGUGACCAGAAGCACAACUGCAGCAUUGCAAUCCAUGAUGUGCAGGAAAAUGACACUGGACAUUACUACUUCAGGUUUGAUACGGAGAAGUUUGGAUACCGUAGCAAGAAAUCAGUGCAACUGUCUGUCACAGAGCUGAGUGCCAGCAUGUACCCAGACAGAGUGAGAGCGGGAGAAGACGUCAAGCUUGAAUGUAGAACAUCCUGCCAGCAACUUCCCAGCAUAAUCUGGUUCAAAGAUGGACGCCCCGUAGCCAAACCAGUGUUUCAGGCUCAGGCAGAGGAUUCAGGAAAUUAUUCCUGUGCUAUUGAAGGACAAGAAUCAGAUAAAUCGGACCCUGUGAUUCUAAUUGUCCAGUAUGCUCCAUUGAAUGUGUCAAUUGAGAUGAGCCGUCCUGGUCUCAUGGUAGAGGGCAGCAAUGUGAGUCUGACCUGCACAGCUAACCCUGCAGCAGAUAGCUACACCUGGUACAAAGAUUUUUCCGGCUCCAUGCUCCAGGUGGGCUCAGGACAGGUGCUGUCUCUCCCCUCUGUGAACGUUUCCCACUCUGGACUCUACCUUUGCCGGGUCAGGAACAGCAUGGGGGAAGGCAACUCAAUGGGUGUGCUGCUGACGGUGUAUGAAACAGACACAACAGACAUUAACCAUUUAAUCCUCCGUGUUGGUUUUGGAGUCAAAGUUGUCAUUGUGCUGUUGCUUACAAUGAUUAUUAUCUGGGCUUGUAAGAAGAUGCGUGUAUCUCCCGUGGAUAAAAAGGAGCACAGCCAUGCAUUUCUGGUUAAAUAAACUACAGAAGCUGAACAGAACAGAUAAAGGCAUUGUCCUCCUCCCUGAUUUGUACUUACCCACCUUUGUGUUAAUUGUCGUGGUAACAAUUUUAUUCUUUAUUUGAUGUAUUCAUUAUGAUAGUGUUUCAUGCCAGUAUGUUUUAUUAAUUCCAUUGUUUAUGGUCUGAAUGAGGUUAUGGUGUGGGUUCAAUACUGGUACAGCACCGUGUAUCCACAAACAAACCAGGAUAUGCUGCCCCCUUGAGUCUAAAAUACACACCUACAAUAUGUUCUGGUAAACUGAUAAACGCCUUCAUAGGCUAUCUCCAGUCCUAACAACUUAUUAUGUCCACCAAGGGAGUUAUGUUUUCACCCCUGUCUGUUUGUUUGGGGGUUGUUAUUUUGUUUGUUAGUAAGCAAGAUCACCACAAAACAUGGUGGAAGGAUGUGGAACGGGUCAGGGAAGAAGCCAUUACAUUUUGGAUCAGAGGGAAGAUCCAGGAUUCUUUUUUUCAUUCCCUUCAACAUUGCGAGAUGGGCUUUUCUUUUCUUUUUUUUUACAUUUUUGAACAUUUUUACAGUUUUUUAACAGGUUUAUAGGGAACUGUUUUAUGAGUGUGUGGAAUUUUGCGCAUCUUGAAUUUAAGAAUACUGUUGCCUUGGUGGAGGUAUGCACUGUAAUGAGUGCCACUCUAGUUAGUAUUAUUUACAUAAUAUUGGAAGGUUGGGGUUGAGGCUGGCUCAGGUAAAAUGUUUACGCUGUUAACUGACCAAUAUAAAUAAAUGAAUAAACAUAGAAGAUUUUUUGUUAUUUAAGUCAUCAAUGAUUGCUAUAUUCAAUUAUUGUAAUUUAUUUUCCCAACUCAAAAACAUAAACACAACAAACACAGCAAUUCUGGCUACUGUAAUAUAGUUUUAAUAUCUAAUGACGCUCCUGUUUGGCACAUUGUCAUGACUUUUCAUCAUCAUACCAUGAUUUAUUUUUUUAUUUACAGAAUAUAUUCUUUUAAAAUGUUGUACUAUGCAAUAAACUAUUUGGUUUUCCGUUCUUUAAUUGGUUAAGUGACAAUAAUAUGUAAAACAUUUUUCGUUAAAGUUGGUAUCACUCUUCACACUAA